CCUUACAUUGGAAGCUGAGACACGCCCUGGCGUUGAAACUGCUGCAGCACAGUACAGUGCUACGUAUUACCGGCCGCUGCUAGCGUCAAUCCACAGCCACACGGUCAUGUCAGGAAUUUUGUCUCUUUCGUAGUCAUUUCGUCAGAGGCAGAGCCUUUCCGCUGGCUGCCUUAGCGCCGCAAUGGAAUAUCUCGAGUACGAUGGGGCGCUGCGCAGGCUUUCAAGGACAAUGGCUUGCUCGGCGAGCAUGCCACCAACGGAAGACAUGGACCCCAAAAUAUGGGGCAACCUGCCGCGAGAGAUUGUGGUCCGCAUCUUGGAACGCCUUCCCCCGAACGAGUUCACUUGCACCGCUCGCCUGGUGUGCCGCGCUGCCGCUCGUCAGGUGCGCGCUGUCGCCCGAAAGCCGGUUGUGCACCUCUCGGAGUGGACGCCGCCCACGGAGUUCGCCGCCCAGUGGCAGCGGCCGGGCGCCACUCUGGCCCUCAGCUUGAGGCAGCGCCGGCGGCUGGUGGCGCUAGUGGCUGCCAGUGGCGUCGUCCCCAACCUCCGUGUGGCUGCAGAGGCGGCCGGCUGCCUGCUCACCUCGGAAGUGGUGGCCGCGGCAGCGGCAGCGGGCCAGGUGGACACGUGCGCCGCGCUCAUACACGAGCUGGGCCACCUGCCCUUCUUCAGCCUGUUUGACGCGGGCGUGGCGCUGUCGCACUCGUCAUUCAGGGAGUGGGACCGCGAGCUGCGCAACCGGCUGGUUGCGGACCCGCUGUGUGCCGCCGCGUACGCCGGCAACGAGCGCAUGUGCAGGUGGCUGAUGCGCAAUGGCGUGGAGUGGCACGAGGCGGCGGUGCUGGCGGCCGGCCGCGGCGGCCACGCCUGCCUGAUGGAGCUGCUGGAGGGGCUGCGGCCGUCGGGCGCCGCCGCCGCCACGCACUUCGCCCGCGUGGCGCGCAGCCUGCAGAUGCCGCCGGCGGCGGCCUGGCGCGUGGAGAUGUUCGCAGCCGCUGCCUACGGCUGUGACGCCCGCACACUGCGCUACCUGCAGGUCAAGUGGCAGCGGCUGCAGCGCUUCACAGAUGCCUACGGCCGCGUCACAGCCGCCGCCGCCGCCAGCUCCACCCCGGACUGGCAGGCGAAGCUCGAUCUACUCAUCGGUUUGGGCUACAAGCGCAGCGUGGAUGCCGCCGCCGCGGCAGCGGCCCGCCCCGACGCUGCGGCUCGGCUGGCGUUCCUGUCUUUGCGCGGCUUCCCCAGUGACGACGGUGCCUGCCUGCGUGUGGCGGCGGCGGCGGGCAACGCGGCGUUGGUGGAGCAGCUGCUGGGCAGCGGCGUGCCGGUGUCGGAGGAGGCGGUGACGGCGGCGGCGCGGGAGGGGCAGCUGGGCUGCCUGCAGACCCUGACGCUGCGUGGCGGCGCGCGUGUGGCGCAGGAUGCGCUGGAGGCCGCGGCGGUGCGCGGGCACGUGCGCGUAGUGGAGUGGGUGCUGGUCAAGGCGCCGCCGCAGGCGCUGCAGGCCCCCGCGGAGCUCAUGGGUCGCAACCUGCUGACGGCGGCGUCCAUGUCGGGCUGCAUGGAGCUGAUGGCCUGGCUGCGGGCGUGGGGCGCAGGAUGGAACCCUGCGCAGUGGCUACUGGCGGCGCGGGCCGGCAACGGCGAGGUGCUGUCGUGGAUGCUGUCAGAGGGGUACCCCCUGCAGAUGGACGGCAACGCGUACUUAUUUGCGGCGUGGAACGGCGACAUGCACACGGUGCGGCACCUUCGUGCGCUGGGCGCCUGCUGGGGUAACUUUGGCCGCGUGUGCCCCUGCAUCGCUGCCUUCGGCAACCCGCUGCGCCUGGUGGCGGCCCUGGUGGAGGCCGGCUGCCCGCUCACCUGGUGGGACCGCCUGGUAUUCUCCUGGCGCAUGCGCACGGAGGGGCGGCGGCUACAGGCCAAUACGGCGGCAGGCGGUGCAAGCGGAGCGCGUGGGGGCGGGGUACGCGGCGGAGCCGCAGGCGGAAGCGGCGGUGGAAGUGGAGGGGGUGCUGGGCGGCAGGAGGGGUGCGACCGCGGCGGUAGCAGCCGGCAUGCCCUACCGUGGUACGCGUCCUUCGGCUGGCUGUAGACUGUAGAGCGGAUGCGUGGUGACGGCUUCACGAUUGAGGCUUAUGGAGCACGUCCAAUGCCCGCCCUGUGCGCUGCGGCCAAGCGGGCAGGACCCCUGGACUUGCUGGGCCCUAUGGCGUCUGUGCGCAUGGCUACGGGAAUUCGGCUUGCUGGCUGCACACGCAUGCGGGCAAUUGCCCUUGCGUCUAUGAUGUUAUUACAGGGCCCCGCUGUGAAUGUACUGACACGCAAGUAUGUACCACGGCCAUGAUGCUGUCCCAACGUGGCCACCACGUGCGCGGCCACCCUGUACUGCAGAUGCAUUAUGCACCGCUCGUGUAUUUGCUUCAUGUACUUUUAAAUAUGCUCGCCGGGUCACCGCUUGUGACAUUAUAUACACAGCAUUGAGGCCGCGGACGCAAUCAACAAAACGGAUGUGUAUUACCGAUUUACCGGUGUCAACUUAGUGGGGGGAAAGUGCGGAGGCAAGGGCAGGGAACGGACUGCGCGUCAAGGUGCCGUUUGGCUGAUGCGAGAUGCCGCGUGGCCAAGCCUAGUCGACUGGAUUG